AUGUCGGAACAAAGUGCCUCGACGUCGAUGGUGGAAGUUGGAGGUCCUCUACGGAAGUAUUGGAACAAGAUUUGGGCAGCCAAAGUUCCUGCUAAUGUCAGAAUGUUGGUUUGGCGUCUUGUGCAUGGGAUUGUCCCAACCAGGUCAGCUCUUAUUUUACGUCAUGUCCAUAUUAUGGAUGUUGCAUGUGUGUUUUGUAAAUCUACCAAUGAAACGAGUUUGCAUGUUUUUAAAGAAUGUGCUUUUCUCCAAAGCUUUUGGAGACUAUGCCCACUUGGUUUGAAUUCAAGGGAACAUGCAGCUUGUGGUAUGAAGGAGUGGAUCUUUGACAUGAUUGAUAUACCAAGCAAUGACCAGCUUGACUUGUUCUUUAUGGCUCUUUGGUCUGUGUGGAUAGAGAGAAACAAGAUAGUUUGGAAUGAUGGGAGUUGUCAGCCUAUGUACAUGAUUCAGUGGUGUAUGAGAAGCCUGGAAGAGUUCCAGAAAUAUCACCCUAAAGCAACGAAUAAGAAGAAAAGACGGGUGACUAAAUGGCAAUGUCCACCUAAAGGUAGGCUGAAGAUUAACAUAGAUGGGGCUUACAAAGCUGACACAAAUGUUGGAGGCAUUGGAGUGAUAGUCAGAGAUGAUUUGGGCAUAGGUAUUGCCGCUAUUGCAAGGCCUUUUCAGCGUGCUCACUCGAUGAUUAAUAUGGAGGCUGAGGCAUGUAGAGCAGGCCUUCUUCUUAGUAUACACCAAGGUUGGACGAAUGUAGUUAUCGAGAGCGACUCUGCCCUUCUAAUUACUGCACUCCAGAGUAGGGAGGUUAAUUUCUCGGAGACAUGGUUCUAA